AUGGAGAGCAACCAGACAGCUUCGAGGGCCGCCAAGCGAUUUCUCCAGGACCGCGUGCGCAACGACUGGGCCUAUCCAGACGUCCCACCAGUCUGGUCGGCAUCCGACGAGGAGGUGCGCGACGCCCAAGGCCUGUGCGAGCGCUACUAUGGCGAGUCUGAGUCCAGCGACUCGGGCCCUGGGGAGGCCGGCCCCUACAAGUUCGACAGCCCGGACAGCAUCGCCGACGCCGUGGUGCAGACACGCGAUGCGCGCAGAAAGAGGCGCAAAGAGCGGCUGGAGGAGGAGAUGCAGCACAACGAGGGGCUGCGGCUCUGGGUCGAGCGACGGGACAUGUGGACAGGCGCGACCAGCGUCAAGAAAUACGGCACCCGCACCCUCGACCACGCCGGCCCAGACGCCUUCGACAUGGUGCCAGUCGCCCCGCGCCUCCUCGACGAGAACCCCAUCCGCGCCUCCAUCACGCCGAACUCGUAUUCCGACAUCUACCAGAAGAUUGUCGUGUCGUCACGCACGCCCUCGGUCCCCAUCAACCUGGCUGACAUGACAAAGGCACUCGUCCAGGGCUGGAAGGACAGCGACGAGUGGCCGCCACGACCAGGUCUCAUCGACCCCCUCGUAGGCAAGAAGCGCGGCGUGACGGGUGCUAUGGCAAACGGACAGCACGGCGGCUUCAUGGAGCGCCAUCCACAUCUCGAGAAGAGCGUAGACAGCGUCAAGCGCAUGCUGCACUUGAAUGGAGGCCAUCAUGCGACUGAGCACACAGAGGGAGGCAAAGCAGGCUGA